CACGCCAAGGAGUUCCCGGUGCUCUCAGUUAUUGCGAGAGACGUUCUUGCCAUACCUGGGGUCAGCAUCGCUAUCGAACGGCUUUUUUCUUCGUGCCGUCAUACCCUUACGGAUGCGCGCUCUUCAAUGCUGGCCGAGACAGCAUCGACGACUAUCGUUACGAAGGAGUGGCUGAAACGCGGUCUCGGUGACGACAUUGCAUACUUGGAGGAUGUGACAAUUCAUGAGUAG